CACAUAAUAUGUGCACGAUUAUUACGUUUUGUACUAUGGUCUUACCGACAGCGUAUAACAAAGUACAAAUUAAUAGUGUGUAUGGUUAUCUGUACUUACUAGUUUAAGAAAUUCCGUUUGUUAUAAAUUAUAUUCAUUUUACUGUUAUUUAAUUAAUCAAUAUAUUUUUAAUGGCAUUAAUAUUUUGGUUGUAUUAUAAAUUAUAAUGUUUAUGUGAUUGACCAUCGGGCAUGGGUGUGUGGCUGUAUCAAUAUGCCUACUAAUAUUUUCAACUAUUUAGGCACUCGUAAUACUCAUACGCGUUAAGCCAACUAGUAUAAUUGCUACACCGUUAUUAGUCAUUAUGUCUCAAAAUGAGAACAACCAAAAUAACAUUUCUCCAAAAAAGGCAUCAGAAUUGAGAAAUGAAAAAAGAGGAGCAUUCGCGGCUAUAUUAUUGUCAGGAGUGAUUAUCGCUGUAUUCGUGGUGUAUUAUUUAAUACUAGGAGAGGAAUCACGGAAAAAAAAUUCUUUACAACUCAUUAUAGCCAUUUUUAGACAAGGAGAUCGAAGUCCAUUGAAAUGGGAAACUUAUCCUAAUGACAUGUAUGCACCUACGAGCGAAGGGACAUGGCCAGAUGGCCUUGGGCAGUUGACAAAUGCAGGAAAAUUAAAGUCCUAUGAAUUUGGAAGACGAUUUCGAAAGCGAUACACGAAAUUUCUCCCAGUCGCCUACAACAGUAGCUUUAUUUUGGUACAGAGUACAGAAACUGAUCGUACACAAAUGACGGCGUCGGCAUUUUUAGCAGGAGCGUUUCCGCCCAGUGGCAAACAAAUUUGGAACAACGAUUUACAAUGGAUACCUAUACCAAUCCAUUCGAUACCUCUAAAUCAAGACAACAUGCUUAGAGUUACAAAGCCCUGCCCUGCUUAUGACGCAGAAUUUGAAAAAGCAAAAAAUGAAACUGAAAAACAAAUGUUAUUUAAAUAUGAAACUUUCUUCAACUAUAUAUCUAAUCACACAGGUUUAGAAAUAAAACAUCUUUCAGACGUUGAAAAUAUAUUCAAUUCAUUAACUAUACAGCAAAGAAAUCAUCUGACUUUGCCAUCAUGGGUAAAAGUAAAAAAUUAUAUGGGUCUUAUGGAAAAUAUUGUCUUAGAAUGGUUGGUUACUUAUUCAAAAACGGAUUUCAUGAAAAAAUUAAGGUCCGGAAAACUCAUUGGAGAAAUAGUUAAAGUGAUGAGAGACAAAAUGGAUGGAAGAUUAUACCCUGACAGAAAAAUGUUUGCUUUCUUUAGUCAUGAGCAGACGUUAAUUGAUUUUUUACAUACAUUGGGAAUGAAAAAUCUUUUUAAGCCUAGUUACGGAGCCGCAGCUUUUGUUGAACUACACAAAAUCAAAGAAGAAUUUUAUGUAAAAAUAAUGUACACGAAAACCUACGACACUCCAGAUAUUCUAUCUCUAGAAAUGGCAGGCCAAACUAGUUUUUUACCAACAUUAGAAGAUUUCAUAAUAUCAACCGAAAAUUAUGUACCAAAAAACUGGGAAAAAGAAUGCCAGCUUAAAUAACAUUUGACUAAUAUCAAUUUAAAUUUAUAUUGUAUACAUUAAGAUAUAAGUUAGUUGCGUAUAUUAUGUCCAUUAAUAAUUGUAAAUUGAUUACCUUUAAUUAAUAAUUUUUAUUCGCUAUUUCGGCUACUUUGAAUUAUAAUUUAUAAGUACCUAUAGGUAUUUCUGUAUUGCAAAUGAAUAGAACGUAGAUUGUGUAAGCUUUA